AUGGACGAUCAUGACGAUGGGCUCAUGCUCAAUUUCGCACCCGCAGCUGCGUCCGCAGCGACAUCGAAUAAGCGGCCCAAACAGACCGCCAAGGCUCGCUUUGCUCAAAAACGUACUGCACAGCAGUCCAGGAGGCAGGCACCCAAGCAGAACGGAUUGACAGAGUCAACGGCAGCGUCAGCUCCAGCAAGGAUCACAGCGGUACCUACACCAUCAACAGAGCCACCGGCUGCCAAAAGGCAAAGGAUCGAAGCUGCACCUACGCCGUCUUCGUCAGCAGCGUUCAGUGCACCGAGAUUCGAUCCUCGUUCAGCCCUCGCCAAGCCGACACCAGUUCCUUCUCGAGCAAGUCAGGUCUCAGCUGCAGCGUCCUCUGCCGGUCGAAGGGCUGCCUCUUCAAUACCGCAACAACAAAGGCCAUCUACCGCUGGUGCCGCUGCUUCCUCUUCCACAUCCAAAACUACAAGCAACGGUAUCGUCAGCACCCUCUUCCCCGCCCACGGCGUACUUGAAGACUCCAACAUCGCUUUCACUCCCUUUCAACGCAAAGCUUACGAUCCAACCAAUGCUCCAUCUACCACCUCCGACUUCGCUUCCUGCGGUCUCGACCCACUCCUCGUCUAUCACUUGGCUUCCAAGAUGAAGAUCGGUUCCAACCCAACCUCGAUCCAGAAAGCGGCUCUUCCACACCUCCUCCACCCGGGUCUCGAUCGCGACAUUCUCAUCCAAGCCCAGACUGGUUCGGGCAAAACCCUCACCUACCUCCUUCCCAUCGUGCAGAGUUUGCUCCCCCUCUGCGAAGAAUCUUUCAUCGAUCGAUCCGUCGGCACUCUCGCCAUCAUCCUCGCUCCCACCCGCGAACUGGCAAGGCAGAUCUACGAAGUGCUGGAAAAGCUUGUUUCUCUCGCGCUCAGUCUCAAAGAGCAGUCCGAGGAUUCAGAGAGUGCAGUCAGGAGGACGAGAUGGCUGGUACCCGGCUUGUUGUCCGGUGGAUCCACCAAGAAUCACGAAAAGCAAAGACUUAGGAAAGGUUGUCCCAUCCUCGUUUCCACUCCCGGUAGACUGCUGGACCAUCUUCAGAACACUUCGAGCUUCGAUGUCGGCAAAUGUAGGUGGCUCGUCUUGGAUGAAGCGGAUCGAUUGUUGGAGAUGGGUUUUGAGGAACAGCUGACAGGCAUUGUCAAGGCGCUUGAUGGCAGACGUAAUCUGGCUUGCGGUGCUGCCAGACAGGCUAUGCCGGGGUACGAAGACGGAGUCGCUCCAGGCGACGCGGACUGGAUUCAGGACGCAGAGGUGAUGGACACGCUGGGUGUCACAUGGUGGUCUCACCCGAGGAGAGUCGUGCUCUGCUCUGCUACCCUGGAUGAGAACGUACAGGUAUUGGCGGGCAAGACUUUGAUCAACCCAAAGAUCAUUCGCGGCAUCAAGGAUGAUUCUCCCGAAGCAGCCGCAGCAAGCAUCACUGACGGCUCUGCGGAGACCCAGAAGGAACCAGUCAAGUUCGCAGCGCCCGCACAGCUCACACAGAGCUUCAUCACCACUCCACCCAAACUUCGACUCGUCACCCUCCUCUCCGUCCUCCGAGCCUACAUCACACGCGCACGACACGAUCCAACCCAAGCAGGUUCCGGCCGAGUUAUCGUCUUUAUGAGCUGCACCGACUCUGUCGACUUCCACUACGCCGCUCUGGGCGGUGCACGCAUGAACUCGUCCGAAAACGAUCCCACCACCACCUCGACCCUCGACGAUGACCUGCUUCCCCCGCACACUACAUCCGAACUCAUCCCUGGAAUUCCCAUUUUCAGGCUUCACGGCUCUAUGACGCAACAGGAGCGUAUCGCCUCUCUCAAAGGGUUCUCCGGCGGCAAGAAGGUCGAGGGAAAAGGUUUCGAGGGAAGCAUCCUGCUUUGUACCAGCGUUGCCAGUCGUGGAUUGGAUCUUCCCGAUGUGGGAUGUGUCGUGCAACUGGAUCCACCUACGGAAGGAGGCAUCGAAGAGUAUCUGCAUCGAGUGGGACGUACCGCACGUGUCGGCAGAGCCGGCGAAAGUUGGCUCCUCGUCCUACCCCAGGAAGUCGGUUGGGUUCAGACCGUACUAGAAUCCAACAUGAUCAUCUCCGGAACUCUCUCCAACCACGAUCAAAAGCACAAGAUCAACCCUACCUCGAUCGAAUUCAUCCUACAACAAGGUAUGGGUGGAACCACUGGAACGCUGGAAUACCAGUCCAGAGCGACGGAAGUUCAACUCGCAUUCGAACGAUGGGUUCUCUCGGGCGAUCGACCUCUGACACUAGCUCGCAAAGCGUUCCUCUCGCACGUUCGGGCAUACGCAACCCACUCUGCAGAGGAAAAAGUCUGGUUCAACGUUCGAGCUUUACAUCUGGGUCAUCUAGCAAAAGCCUUCGCUCUUCGAGAAGCACCUCGUUCCCUCGGAGCCAAGAGUUCUUCCCUCGCCACCACCUCCACCAAACUCUCUACCUCCCACGAAGCUAAAACCACCAAACGUGUCCCCGCUUCCGACACCUCUGACGAUGAGGAUUCCUCGGACGACGCCGCCUCCGACUACGAAUCGACUGCCAAAGGGGACGGAUUCGAGCUGGAUAAAUCCGCACUCGCCAAACUCACCCAAUCCAUCGUCGACAGUGCAGACGGUUCCAACAGAAGCAAGAGGUUGGAAAAGGAGGUGCGAAGAGCAGAGGCUGCAGCGAAGGGAGAGAAGCAGACAGAGGUGGAGGCGAGAAUGUACGCCAAAGUCAGGGCGUUGGGUAAGAUGAGCAAGAAGCACGGUGUGUUGGGUGCGCAUGGAGCUGACGAGUUUCAAAUUGCUUGA